UUUUUGAUUUGAUAUUUAAAUAUUCCCAUCUUUUUUUUUUUAUUUCUUUUUUUCUUUUGGUUUUCUUUCUUUUUCAAUAACUCCCCUUCACUCUGAUGAGUCAAAUGAAAAAGAAGGAAUCCCCUAUUGACUCUACUCUUGUUAAUAACGAAGAAGAAGGUGUCAACAACUUUGAUGAAUCUCCCUUUUUCAAGUAUCACCACCAAAAGUCCAUAGAAAAUCAUGAUAGCAAAUAUAUUUUUCAAAACUAUCAUCAAGAUGAAGACCCUGGUGUUUUAGAUCAACCUCCUACACAUCCUGUUACUGCAGCACCUUUAUCAGAAACUAAUGGUCCUUAUGCAGAAACUGAUAGCGCGAUUACGGCGGAAUUAAGAGAAUUAUAUGUUCAUUUACGACGAUGUUUGGAUUUACGUGAAAAAUACAUGCGACUUUCUUGUCAACGUUUAAGUGAUGAUCCCAAGAAUAAACCUGAUUGGAAUAUUUAUCCUCCUCCUCCUCCUGCAUCUUGGCCUCUUCCACCUGAACCUGAACUCACCAAACUCAAACAAAAAGAAAAAGAACGUGAAGCUGAUCCUGUGGGUUCUGUAGGAAGUGAUUUCCGAUUUGAAGAUUGUCACAUUCCUGGUAAACAUGAGUAUACUUUUGGUAGAAAUCAAGAAGGGUUUUAUCAAGUAUAUAAGAACGAACAAGAUAAAAAUGAAGAUCGACCUAUUUGGCAUGUACCUUAUCGCAAAGAAUUCUAUGAAGACAUGGAUUAUGUAUUGACAACUAUUAGUGAUGGUCCCGCUAAGAGUUUUGCUUUUCGUCGUUUACGUUACUUGGAUAGUUCUUGGCAAAUGUAUAUUUUAUUGAAUGAAUUCCAAGAAAUGGCUGAUUCAAAGCGUGUCUCCCAUCGUGAUUUCUACAACGUGCGUAAGGUGGAUACUCACAUUCAUCAUUCAAGUUGUAUGAAUCAAAAACAUUUACUUCGGUUUAUCAAAUCUAAAAUGAAGAAAUCGCCCAAUGACAAUGUGAUUUAUCGUGAUGGACAAUUAUUGACUCUUAAAGGUGUAUUUGAAAGUUUGAAUUUAACUGCUUAUGAUCUCAGUAUUGAUACAUUGGAUAUGCAUGCGCAUAAAGAUUCAUUCCAUCGUUUCGACAAAUUCAAUCUCAAAUAUAAUCCUAUUGGUGAAUCUCGUUUGCGUGAAAUCUUUAUGAAGACCGACAACUAUGUGCAGGGCAAAUAUUUAGCAGAAAUCACUAAAGAGGUGGUGUCUGAUCUGGAAUCCUCAAAGUAUCAAUUUGUUGAAUAUCGUGUUUCCAUCUAUGGAAGAUCGAAAUCUGAAUGGGACAAACUCGCCAAAUGGGUGGUCAAUAACAAAUUGUUUUCUCAUAAUGUACGUUGGUUGAUUCAAGUUCCUCGUCUAUACAACAUUUAUAAAUCUUCUGGUAUCAUCAACGACUUUGAAGAUGUAAUCCAAAACACCUUUGAACCUCUCUUUGAAGUCACCAAUGAUCCUUCGUCUCAUCCUGAACUCCAUGUCUUUUUACAACGUGUGGUUGGUUUUGAUUCUGUGGAUGAUGAAUCCAAACCUGAACGUCGUACCUUCAAAAAGUAUCCUAAACCUUCUGAAUGGGAUUUCGCCACCAACCCUCCUUAUAGCUAUUAUAUUUACUAUAUGUAUGCAAAUAUGGCUGCUCUCAACCACUGGCGUGCAGAACGUGGAUUCAAUACUUUUGUACUUCGUCCUCACUGUGGUGAAGCCGGUGAUACUGAACAUUUGACAGCUGCAUUUUUGACGUCUUUUGGCAUCAGUCAUGGUAUUCUCUUACGAAAGGUGCCUGCGUUACAAUACCUUUACUAUUUAGCUCAAAUCGGUAUUGCUAUGUCUCCCUUAUCCAACAAUGCUUUAUUCUUGACUUAUGAACGCAAUCCUUUACCCCAAUUCUUCCAACGUGGUCUUAAUAUUUCUCUCUCUACUGAUGAUCCUCUUCAAUUCCAUUUCACCAAAGAACCUUUGAUUGAAGAAUAUAGUGUGGCUGCACAGAUUUGGAAGCUCUCCCCUACAGAUAUGUGUGAAUUGGCUCGAAACUCUGUAAUCCAAAGUGGAUGGGAAGGCAAGAUCAAGAAUCACUGGCUUGGACAUGAAUGGGACAAGGGUAUCAACGAUGUUAGUCGUACCAAUGUGCCCGAUAUUCGUAUCCGGUAUCGACAAGAAAUCUUGAAAGGUGAAUUGGCUACGUUGCGUCGUUAUGUGGAUCAUGACAACAAUAGUAAGGUGACUUUGCACGAUACUGUAGGCUUGGCUGGUAUGGUAGAACCUGCAAAAUUACAACAUCAUCUUCAUGAUCAUCAUCAUCAUCAAGAUCCUGACAAUAGCGAUGAUGUUCAUCAUUUGGCUGCUUUCCCUGGUGCUGCCCUGGCGGCUGAACGUGCCAAACGCAAACUCUCUGGAUCUGGUAAAGUUGGAUCUGACGAUGGCAAGGAAACAACCGAUUAGUUUAGUUCUAUUUUAUUCUACUUUAGUUUCUUUUUUUUUUCGAUGAGUUGAAAUAAAAAUCAAUGUAGAUCCUACGGUA